AUGACAGUGACCCAGUACGCAGCACGGUUUGAAGAACUGUCUCGCUAUGGCACAAAAAUCAUACCUACUGAUGACGACAAGGCGAGAAAAUUUGAGUGGGGACUCAAUGAGACACGCCGAGCUGUGGUGGCGCAGACACUUCCCACCUACUCACAAGUGGUACAAUGCGCACUUAAGAUGGAGAGAGAAAGCUUGGAUUUCAAGACAAGGCGUGAACAAAAGAAGGCAAUAUCUAUAGUUGGAGGACCUAUCCGCACCAACCUUACCAACCGGGAGGAGGGACAUAUAAGGAGGAAUUGUCCUAAGUGGAACGGCGCUGGAAACUAUGGAGGACCGCCGCAAAAUCAGGUCAGGACUACAGGACUUGGAAAUCAGAAUCAGAAUCAAGCUAGGCCGGUUUGGAAUGGUAACCAACCCGAGGGACAGAACCAGCCUCGUGGUGGGUGGAACCAACCGCCAACUCGCCCUUUUCAGAACAGAGGAUCAAACGGGCCAAUCCAGCCCAAUGCUGGAAGAGUGUUUGCACUGCAAGGAACAGAAGAGGAGAUGGACCCUGCAGUAAUCCAAGGUACCCUCACUCUUUUUACUACAUGUGUUCAAGCACUAUUUGAUUCUGGAGCUUCGCACUCAUUCAUAUCUGCCAUAUGUGUAUCUACACUUGAAUUAGAAACUGAACCUCUAAAGACAACUAUGCAUGUGACCUCACCACUAGGGGGUAAGAUUCUGAUAGUACUAAUCUGUAAAGGGUGCGAACUAAAAGUAUCGAACCUGCGGUUAACAUACGACUUACAAGUAAUCGAAAUGACGGACUUUGACGUCAUACUCGGGAUGGACUGGUUAACUGCACACCGAGCUGUCAUAGACUGCCAUCGAAAGAUGGUGACAACCUAUGCACCAGAUGGAACGAGUUUCAAGUUUAAGGGGGAUAGACAAGACCCUUCUGCACCCCACGCAUACAAAACGAAGUGGCAUAGGAAGCUUGCUGGAUGGUUAGCGAGUCUCACAUUGGAGGAAACGGACCGAAUGGAGUUGGGCCUCCCUCACGUCAUCUGCGAGUACGAGGACGUAUUUUCAGAAGAAUUACCAGGAUUACCGCCACCAAGAGAAUUAGAUUUCACCAUCGAGCUGCAACUCGGCACGGCUCCAAUUUCGAUGGCCCCGUAUCGAAUGGCUCCAGCAGAAUUACGAGAGUUGAAAACACAAUUGCAGGAACUCUUAGAGAAGGGUUUUAUCCGACCUAGUACCUCACCAUGGGGAGCUCCAGCGCUUUUCGUCAAAAAGAAAGAAGGAACGCUUCGACUCUGUAUCGACUACCGCCAACUCAACAAAGUUACCAUCAAGAACCGAUAUCCUCUACCCAGAAUAGACGACUUGUUUGACCAACUGAGAGGGUCGACUUGUUUCUCAAAGAUUGAUCUGAGAUUUGGAUAUCACCAAUUGCGAAUUCGGGAUUGCGACAUACUCAAGACGGCGUUCUGCACGCGUUAUGGACACUACGAGUUCAUAGUCAUGCCGUUUGGUCUAACCAAUGCUCCUGCUGUUUUCAUGUGCCUGAUGAACCAAAUUUUCACGCCGUACUUGGACAAAUUCGUAGUAGUGUUCAUCGAUGACAUCCUUAUAUACUCUCCAAUGAAGAAAUAA